AUGGAUAUAGAACCUGAAGACCCGACGACCUACGGCUGGGCCUUCGGCGCGUACGAGAGAGUUGGCCCGGAUACAGGGGCUUUAAAGCUCAGCGGAGCUUCUUUUGACGUCAAGGUAAGACGAGACCCUUGGAAGAAGGAACAGCCGCUGCCUCGCGAGUACGAGUUUCUAAGUGAAGAUGCUGAUGCCUCUGGCCUCAUCAUGAGCUUCCUCAUGACGGGAACCUUCCCUAAACAUCCGCAUGCCAGUGUUCGAUCGACGUCCGACAUGACUACCGAAUUCAUCUACGCCGGCGAAUUGUCAUUUAAGCUCGGUCUUCGCUGUAUCAAGCGUUUCCGCUGCGCUGUAUCUCUUCACUUGCGACAGUUGCUGCUAGAGGACCGAACAGCGCUGCUCGAAAGGCACAUUACAAGCCUGUACAAACUCCUUGCCCGGCGCUCCGCCAAAUUUGACACCAUAUGGGAUGGUGAUGACCCGGAGGAGUGGUCGAUUAUCGUCAAACAUUGCCUUGGCCUUAUAGGCCAGAGCGAACGUUUCAAAGCCGAUGUUAGGUGGUACAUGAUCCAGACACUUGAAAAUAGAACGAAGUUCAGCUCGGUUAUCGCAGUGAUCCCCUCGUACCUGCUGGAAGCAAAGUGA